GCUAGGGACUCCACUGCCGACGCAAAUACUUCAUUACGCGCGUGGCUCGUAGGACAGAGAGCAACAGCACUCGCAAGGCCUCGCACUUGCGCUCGAUAUCGGUGACUGAUAGGAUAGUGGCAAGUUACAUUGCGUGUGACUGCCUUAUUUCAGUUUGCGUGGGUUCAGAAGCGCAGACGAGUAGCAGGAAGAAAAAGGCCACUGGGCUCGAGCGCUUUCGGCUGCGACUCUCUUCUGUCGGCUUUAAGAGCCGUCACAAUAUUCAUCCAUCUACCGACAUCACACUGGGCGACGUUGGUCGAGAUGCAAGUGGACGUCUCAUACGCCGAUAGCCCCACUAGCGGCGACACAGGGCCCCUGGCCUACUGGAAUGGAGAAUACGCGCCGCAGCAGGGCCUUCCAUUCGGGGGACCCGCAUUGACGCCUUUCACCAGCAACACAGCGAUGCAUGCCGUCGCAUUCGUCCCGGCGCUCCCUGCGGACCACUACACCAUGAAAGCGUCGACAGGUAGCCCCAUCUCGCCGAGCUCCGCGGCCGCGCGCAUACGCAACUCGGCGUCGUGUCGGCUGAGUAGGCAGGCGGCCGGGCUUCGCGGCGUCCGGAAACGGCCGUGGGGCAUGUGGGCGGCAGAGAUUCGCGACCGCACCUCUGGCAAGCGCCGCUGGCUCGGAACAUUCAACACAGCGGAGGAGGCCGCGCGUGCCUAUGACACCGCCGCUCGCGCCAUCCACGGGCCCGCCGCUAAGUGCAACUUCCCCGAGGGCGAGUGGGGCGAGGAGGAAGACGAGGAGGAGCGGCGCAUGGCUGUUGCCCACAACCGCACCGGAGCAGGUCGGCCCCGAGGCGGCCGCACGCGCGCCGGCCGCACGCCCCGCGCCCGCCAGACCUACGACGACACCGACGAUUGGGAGGACGAGGCCGCGGACGAGGCCGCGGCAGCGGCCCGCGCCGCAGCGGCCGCCGCUCGCCGCCGCGCCGCCAAGGCGGCAGCCGCCGCCAACGCGGCCGCUGCCACGGCCGCGGCUGCCGCUGCCGCCGCCAACGCCAGCCGCGCGGCGCGGCUGCAGGCGCAGCAACAGCGGCUGCAGCAGCAGCAACAGCUGGCGCUGGGCGGCGAGGUCGGCGACAGCUUCGAGGACUGGGAGAUGGGCUUCAUGGAUGCGCACAUGAUGGGCGGCGUGGGCGCCGUCGGUGGCAUGGGCAUGGGCGACGUCGGCGCUUCCGCCGCUGGCGGCACCAGUGACGACCUCGACGUGGAUGUCGAUUACGACGACGGCGGCAUCAUGGGCGGCGCCGGCGGCCUCCACGACGGCGGCGGCAGCGGCGGCGCCGACAGCUACGACAGCGACCAAUACAUUGGGCCGUACGGCGGCGGCGAUGGCGGCGCGGCGGCGGCGCCCGGCAUGCAGCAGCUCCACAUGCAGAUGCACAUGCAGGUGCAGCUGGCGGCGGACUCGUGCCGCGCCGCCGCCCAGAGCGCCCGAUGCAGCGCUACUGCUCAGCUGGCGUUGCAGCUGGCGGCCCAGGGCGUCGACACCAGCUCCCUCUGCCUCGGCGGCGCCGGCGUCGGCAUCGACGCUGGCGCCGACGGCAGCGGCCUGGAGGGCAGCGGCAGUGGGCUGGAGGGCGGCGAGCAUCACGGUGGUGCCGACGGCGGCGUUGACGGCGCGCUGAGUCUGUUGGGCAGCGGCAUCAGCGGCUUCAACGGCCUAGCUGCCGGCGGCGACGAACUCGCGCUGUGUGUUGCCGACGCCUGGCCCGGGGAGGCGGACUCACUGGCGCCGGGGCAGCAGCCCGAGCUCGAGCCGGCGGCGGGGGCGGAGACGCACCUGCAGCUGCAGCUGCACCUGAAGCAGGAGCAUGAGGAGCAGGGCCUGCACGCGCUGGCAACGGGCCAUGCGGCGCUGGGGCCUCAGGCCGCCGCCGGCGCGGGGCUGCUGCGUGACGGCGACUACCUCGCGGGCGCCGGCGACGCCUUUCCCUCGUUCCACGCUUUCUCGGGAGGGUAUGGCGGCGACGCUUGGGACGCGUUCAACGGCGCAGGGGGGCUGGAGGACCUCCACCAGCUCGGCAACCUCGACCAUGACCCCGCCGCCGACAUGUGAUCGAGAUCUUAGCCGUGCGUGUUUCUGUGCCGCGGUUUGUUUCAGUGGACCCGUGUGUCCCUCAGCCGAUGGCCCCUUGUACAAGAAGAGAGCUACACGCGUUUUGUUUUGGAGGCUGUGCCUCGAGCUUUGUAUUGGCAGCCCGCAUUGAUCUGCAGCCUGAACGCGGUGUUGCGCACACCCGACGUAUCAUAAGUGCAAUAGCGCGCCGCGCAGGCGCGCGUGGCGGCAGCGACAGCGGCAAGCGGCGCAGCGCUUUUGUUUGAUGAAACGCAACGACCGACCCUUGAAAGAAUGCAGUCAAGGAGGCUGAAAGCCGGUACUACUUCGAGACAGGCUACGCUGCGCAGUACAUGCCAGGUGUGUCGCGAUGGCGAUGGCGCGGCUUUUGUUUUGCGCGCGCGCGAUUGUGUUUGUUGUGUAUGUCUGCAGCUACAAGCUCGGGCCAGGUCGUUUGAUGCCGGCGUGUAUGCAUGUGUCUGGUAUGCGGGUAGAGCGGACGUUUUGCUGCGCGGUACUUUGGAAGCGCAGUCUUGGAGGGGGUAACAUCGGACACUGCUGGGAGGCUUUGCGGGCGUGGCUUUGCGGGCGUGGGAGGCAUAGCGUACGCGUGGAUUAAUGUGGGUUGCGGUGGGCUCGAACGGCAGGUCGGUGCAUUGAACGGGCGUUCAAACGUGGGCCUGCGUUCCCUUCAUUGAGGCGAAGGUGCACUCAUUUAGCACCUGAUUCCGCCCGGGCGCGGGCCCUGCCUCGCCACCGGCCGCCCGCGGCCCUCUCGCACCCACCUAUUAAAGGGGUAUUAAGCACUGCCCAUUAUUGUCGCAGUGCUGAGGUACACACUAUGUGUAGUACGCGGUUGCAAAGUACAGGCUGGUCAUGGUGACGUUCGCCUUGUGUGUUCACACCGUUUGCGCGUGGCGCCAGGACUCCUUUUUGGCAGAGUUGCAUGCGUAGUUACAGUGAGCGCUUGAUGUCGAGUUGAAUGAUCCUCCUGUCUUGAUUAGGCGGUAGCACGCCCUCCUUGGUUUUGCACAGAGUAUUGGGACGUCCUGGCAGGUCUCGGCUCGGGGUGAAGAUUAAAGGCAUUCCAGGCCCCAGAGCGAGGCAUGUAGAGCCCAUGGACGCGCGUGCAUUUAUUCCGCGUUUUUGGAAACGUGCGUGGCGUCCUGGCGAGGCGAGGAAAGCUGCGAAGUCGCCUGCUGAUGCGGGCCCGCAGCCCUCUGCCGGCUGCCACUGGCUACCCGGAGUGUUGAUGUUUGAUUUGUGUGUGUACGUGUUGUGCAAAUCGGAAGUUGUUUGAGGCGCGCAGGCUGCACAUGCGUUGCUUAUCUUAGCUGUAGCUGGAAGCGUGUGCAAGAAUGUGUUUGGGGAAGAACGUGAUGUUGUGGUGGGCCGCAGACGCGCUGCUCGCGCGGUAGGUUCGGCGCAGCCAACGCGGGACGGGGCCGACCGGUUAAGGACGGGGGUGCCUUCGCUACCGUUGCUUGUGCUGGGCGCGCAUCCUAGCCGAGGGGGUUUUAGAGGAGUGCGGUGGGGGAUGGGCCGGCUCGGUUGCGUCUGGAUGUAUCUCAACAGCCCUGCGCAUGGCAAGUGUGUGCGUCUAGCGAUGUUUGCGCAUGUGUGUAUAGCAUACUGCAAUGGAUAAAGCAGCACACUUUUUGAAGACUUAUAAGUGGCAACAACAGCAGGCUGAAGUGUAGGACACUGGGAGCGCUUUGCAGUAGUUGACGCGCGCGAGAGGCACAUGGCAGCGCACGGUUUAAGAAUAAUGGGGAGGCGUGUGGCCAUGUGGCCCUGUUGCAGAGCGAAGGCGGAGGCGGCGAGCUGCCCAUCCGAACAUGAGGGACUAAGCGCUAAGCUGGGCGCUGAGAGUUUCGCCGUACAUAAAACACAUCUCGCGACGGCUGUUGUGGUGGAUACAGAUACAAGACAGUUCGGCUCAUAAACGUACACUGCCGAUACGGUAACUCGGUUGGCAAUUCAAUUUACGUUACGCUGGUUGUGACUUCUGCUGGGCUUGUCACAUGUUUGCUGGGCACUGUAACCUGGCCCUGCU